CAAGUCCACCUCCUCCCGUUUCUAAGCCAGUCAAGCAUAUUUAGUUCAGCGCAAGAAACAAAAUCUAAUUCAUUUUUAAUGUAUCUCGAGUGCCCUGAUUGAACUGCAAGUAGUCUUGGUUUGAUCUCUAGUUUUAGCUUCAGUUGCUUGACGGUUUUUUGCUCUGAUUUUGGCUUUUGGUUGUCGGACUUCCGGAUUGUGAAUCGAGCAUCACAGUGGUUGUCGAUUAUGCCCAUGUGGAUGAGCUCUCUUUGAAGGGAGUGUUCCAAUGGCCGCUGAUGAUGCUAAUGAAGAAAAAGAUUCUCUCGAUGAGAAGGGAGUCAGAGAUGGUGGUGUGGAUGUGGGGCAAAGUUCAGUUAAAAACAAGGGGUUGAAGGUUGAUGGGGCUGUAAAUGAUGGAGUUGGAGCAGAGUUGCGAGGCCAGGAAAUUCUGCAUUUACAGCAGCAACAGUCUCCGGGGACAGCAGUUGGUUGGGAACGGUUUCUUCAUAUUACAUCUAUUAAGGUGCUGUUGGUGGAAAAUGAUGACUCCACACGACAUGUUGUCACUGCACUACUUAGAAACUGCAACUAUGAAGUUGUAGAAGCAGCAAAUGGAUUGCAGGCAUGGAAAAUUUUGGAAGAUCUAACUAACCAGGUUGAUCUAGUCUUAACAGAAGUUGUAAUGCCUUGUUUAUCGGGGAUUGGUCUUUUAUGCAAGAUUAUGAGCCACAGAACACGUAAUAAUAUUCCUGUUAUUAUGACGUCAUCUCAUGAUUCAAUGGGUUUAGUUUUUAAGUGUUUGUCAAAAGGAGCUGUUGACUUUUUGGUAAAACCCAUAAGGAAGAAUGAGUUGAAGAACCUCUGGCAGCACGUCUGGAGACGAUGUCACAGUUCUAGUGGAAGUGGGAGCGAAAGUGGUGCACAAACUCAAAAAUCUGUUCAUACAAAAAGUAGUGAAAAGUCGGACAACAGUGGCAGCAAUGAUGGAGAAAAUGAUGGGAGCCAUGGAUUAACUCACGGUGAUGGAAGUGAUGAUGCAAGUGGCACACAGAGUUCUUGGACAAAACAGCCUAUAGAAGAUGACAGCUCUCAAGCAGCUUCUCCAAUUUGUCAUGUAGCUGAGUGUCCAUUCAGUCUCCAUGCCCAUGUUAAUCGACCAAUUGCUGAAAGUUCCAGUAACAAGAGGGUGCAUAUAACUGCAAAAAUGGAGGACCAAGAGGAAGAAAAGUCUGUAUACAAGGACCCUUUCCCAGGCACGCCUAAUAAUUUGGAAACAGAACCUGAAAAUCCAAUUGAUAUCGUUCCACAGAUCAGAAAUGCAAAACAGCAUAUUCUGCUGGAAAUUCCGUCAAUAUAUAGUAGUGCUAGGAUAAACAGAGGACAGGCAAAUCCCACUGAUAAAUUGAGGUCCAACAUGCACAGUGUGGUCAACAUUGAAAUUUCUCAUCCUCAGCUGAGAGACAGAGAACUUGAGCCUCCUACAGAAUUUGCAAACAAACUGGAAGUCAACGGCUCAGAUGAUGGUAAAGAGGCUGCCAUAGAACUCAGUUUAAAGCAGCUCAGAGGCAUUAUAAAUGCUGGAAACACUAUUCAAGAUAACCACAGUCCUUUGAAACAUUCUGAGCUUUCAGCCUUCUCAAGAUAUAAUACAUCAUCAAGCACCGUUAGGGCCCCUAUUGGAAUUACAGGAAGCAGUUAUGUGAUUGAUAAUAGCCAAGAAGUUGCAAAGAGGGACACAGUAUGUGAGCAUUCAAAUGGCAAUCUUAUCUGCCCUAGUUCAAAAGUAGUGAGCAGUAACAUAGACAUGGGCUCUACAACGAAUAAAUUUGCUCUGAACCCGCUAUUUUUUACUUCAGAAGCAACAUCAGCAAUUAACAUUUUGCACCGUACGUCUGCUUUUACAAUUGUUAAAACUGACCAGGUAAAUGCUCCACAACCAACCAACCAACUUAAAGCCACCGACAUGCAUGCCUCAUCGAUGCUGUCUCCAGCAAGAGCCAUGCAGCACCAUCCUCAUCACCACCACUACUACCAUCACCACCAUCACCAUCAUUUCCACAAAUCCCUGGAAUUGUCCAAUCAUGAUCAAGAAUCGGUGAAAAAAUUAACUGUGGAUACUCAACAUUGUGGUUCGUCAAAUGUUUUAGGUGCACCUGGUGAUGGAGACCCUGCAAAUCUUCGUUUAAACAGAAGCACCUCAGGAAGUAAUUACGGAAGCAAUGCACAGAAUAGCGCUGCCAUGAAUGCUGAGCCGACUAAUGGAGAAAGUGAUAUGGAUUUAGGUGGGACAAAUGGAAUUAGAGAUGCUAAUGGAAGUGGUUGUGAAAACAGGGUUGAAAACAAAUUAGUACCGAGAGAAGCAGCCCUGUUGAAGUUCCGGCAGAAGAGGAAGGAGAGAUGCUUCAAGAAAAAGGUUCGUUAUCAGAAUAGGAAGAGACUAGCGGAACAGAGGCCUCGUGUUCAAGGGCAGUUUGUAAGACAAACAGACCAUAACAACUCAAAUGAGUGACUGACUUAAUUCUGAUGACUCACUAGUCUUCUGCAUGCAUGCAAAAGCUGGUCAUUUUAGGGUAAGAUACUUUAUUAGUUUGGAGCUCAAGCAAUUUGAACUUUUGUUAGCUUGAUCUGUAUCUAUGCUAAUAGCAAUUAUAGAACAUUGUCUCUUUCUGGAAUAGUCUUUUCUUCCUGAAAGAUACUUGAGUUGCUUGUGUUGUAUAAACGUGCUUUAUUGUAACGGAGAUCAUAUUUGUACAUCAAGGUAUUUAUACUCUGCCUUUUGAAUUGUA